AUGUACAGAAAUAUCUUAAGAACACCAUUAGCUCAGAGGUCCGUAUUUAGAGCAUCAAACAGGGCAUUUUCUCGCAGUAGCAUUAAGGCAUCGCCAGUUUCUUUUCACACUAAGGCUUACUUCGGGUUAGGUUUAGCGACCUUAGCAUUUGGCUAUAAAGUAGUAGCUGAUAACAGGAUUUCUAAUGAAUCUGAUGAGGUAAAGAUUAACGAAGAUUUGGAGAAAAGUCAGCAAAAUGAGGCACCGAUUGACGAUAUAGUAGUCGUUAUUGAAAGUGAAGAGCAGUUGCCUUCUGAGACUGUUGAAGAAGAAGUGGUCGGAGAAACUGGCAAGGCUGAAGGAGUUGAAGGAGACGAAGAAGCUGAAGAUAGUCACCAAAGUGCUUAUAACCCCGAGACUGGUGAAAUCAACUGGGACUGUCCUUGCUUGGGUGGAAUGGCACAUGGACCUUGUGGUGAAGAAUUCAAAGAAGCAUUUUCAUGUUUCAUUUAUUCUGAAAGUGAACCAAGAGGGAUCGAAUGUAUUAAGAAAUUCCAAAACAUGAGAGACUGCUUCAAGCAACAUCCAGAGCAUUACGCAGAGGAACUUCGUGGGGAUGACGACGACGAUGAUGUCGUCGUUGCGGAGGUCGACGAAAUUACUAUUUCAGACAACGGGGACGACUCAACUGAACCAGCUGAGAAGGCAAGUGAUUCAGCUAAGCUCUGA